AUGCAUCUCAUAACAGAUAAGGAAAGCGUUGAUAACAUAAAUGAUGCGAAAGAGGCUCUCUUUGCUGAAGGGAAUCAACUCUUGAAAAAUACAAUUCAAGGCAUAUAUCUGUCAUCGGAUGAACACUACGAGUACAACCAGUCCUGGCUCUGCACUCAUUGUUCAGUGCCUUCGCUGUCCAAACGGCGCGUAUGUAUCGCCAGAUUAACACAUCCGACAAAUCUGGGCAUUACUUCACACGAUAUAACAUUUGUGAUCGUUGUGUUAACUCCAGUCAAUGAGAAAGAGACAAAAAAUGCCAAAGAGCUCAGCCGUACGUUCGCUACCAUUUUUGCUGACCUCAACUUCAGACAAAAGCUCAUGAAUGCCACAAAUAAACAACAAUUCAUUGAAUUAAUUGAGAAAAGAGCCCAUUAUUUGUCUGAAAACGCAUUUUUAAAGACAGAUUUUGUGCGACAAUUCAGUGAAAAAGAGCCAAAACUUGGGUUCACUUUCGGAAAGGGAAUCGUCGAGAAUCUGAGGCGAAGAACUCAAUACUAUUGGAGUGAUUAUGUCGACGGUUUUACGGGUCCGAAGACUAUACAUAAGACACUGUCGGCCACAAUAUCGCUAUACUUUGCGUGUAUUCUUCCGUGUAUUGCGUUCGGAGUGUUGGACGACAAGAACACUGACGGCAAGAUUGACACCAGACGUGCUCUCGUCGGCCAAACUAUCGGCGGUUUUGUGUUCGCACUGUUUGGCGGACAGCCUCUGGUCCUCAUUAUGACAACCGCUCCGUUAUGUCUCUACACGAAAGUGGUUUACGACAUCUCCGGUGACUUCGGUGUCGAUUUUUACGAUAUGUUUGCCUGCGUUGGGCUCUGGAAUGCAUUGUUUGUUGUGUUGUACGCCCUCUUUGACGUGUCUGUCCUCAUGAGAUGGUGUACCAGAUCUACCGAAGAGAUAUUCUCAUUGUUCAUAUUCUUCGCAUUCAGCGUCGAUGCCAUUAAAGACUGCGUGAAGAAUUUCAAUGCCCACUAUUGUGUGAGUGAAUGCAAUAUUACUCCUAAUAAUGAAGCGAUGAAUAGCACUCGUGAAUGCGCUCAACAGAACAGUGUAUUAUUUUUAUUCCUAAUGUUGGCAACGGUAUGGUUAGCCCUCUUUCUCUAUAACUUCAACAAAACGCCCUACUUGAAUGGCAAUAAGCGAGAAAUGUUGACCGAUUAUGCCCUCCCACUCGCCGUCAUUACAUUCAGUUUUGUCGGCUCUUUCCUCUUCAGUGACAUCAAAGCAUUAAUACAUUUGUUGUAUCCACUGUUUUGUCACCACAACUACACAACAAUAACAGCCGAACCCUUCAAAUUCAGCGCUGGCUUCGAGUUUGAGAGGCCAUCGUUCAGGAGUCUAACGGUUGGGUCGGUAUUCGUGUCGAUGGUUCUGGGCUUUGCUCUAUCGUUGCUCUUCUAUAUGGAUCAGAACAUAUCCGCAGCGAUGGUUAAUAAUCCCAAUAAUAAGCUAAAGAAGGGCAGUGCAUACCAUUGGGAUCUAAUGGUUGUGGGAAUACUGAACGCAUUUCUGUCUGUAAUGGGCUUUCCAUGGAUGCACGGAAUCCUCCCUCACUCUCCCCUUCACGCCCGCAGUUUGGCUGACGUCGAGCGCCGCUCACACGAGGGCUGCGUUCGGGACGUCGUUAUCAACGCCCGCGAGACCCGAGUCACUGGACUCGCAAUCCACGCGUUAAUUGGAUUAUCACUACUCCUAAUACCGCAUCCACUCGACUAUAUUCCCACAUCAGUGCUGAACGGACUCUUCCUCUACUGUGCCAUCGCUUCCCUCCGAGAGAACUCAUUCUUCGACCGAAUUCUGCUCUUCAUUACCGAACAAUCUUCUUAUCCGCCAAAUCAUUACGUCCGUCGAUGUCCUCAGAGAAAGAUCCAUAUCUUUACUUUUGUCCAAUUAAUUCAAUUGGCAGUCCUGUGCUUCUUUGGAUUCGCCCCCUGGGCUUACGUUCAAAUGGCAUUCCCUAUCAUUAUAGCUAUACUAAUACCUAUAAGAUCCAAAAUUAUGCCAUUGUUUCUGGAAAACAAAUAUAUCGAUGCAAUUGAUGGCUACCAUUAA